CACCCACCCAACAAAAUGACCGACUACUGGAAGUCAAAUCCGAGGAAAUUCUGCGAAGUCUGCAGAUGUUGGUUCGGAGACAACAAGGCCAGCGUCGAUUUCCACGAGAGGGGAAGGAGGCACCAGGAGAAUGUCAAGAAAAUGCUCAGUAGUGCUCGCCAGAGAUCCGCCGAGAACGAGAAGACAGCCUUACAGACCAAGGAAAUACUGGCCAGCAUUGAAAUGGCUGCAGCUGCUGCCUAUUUGAAAGAUCUGGAAGGCGGAGACCCGGCAGACGCUCGCCCGCCCCUCCCCUCCGACGGAACUGCAACCACGCCCAGCCCCGCCCUCCACCCAGCCCUAGCUGAGAGCUUCGAGUUUCGCAAGGCCAAGGCACACGCUGAGAUCCUGACGGCCAUCCAGGAGAGAGAGACGAAGGCAGAGAGAGAGGUGGCAACAAUGGCCCCGCCUCCUCCUCCUUCCCAGUGGCAGCAAGCCGUCACUCCCGAGGGACAACUCUAUUACUACAACAUCUUCACUAGAGUGACUCAGUGGGACGAACCAGGGAGUUAUCAACCACUGCCCCCUGAUCAGUUACCUCCCAAGACAACUGCUGAGAUUAAACCACCGACUAUAGCAUCGUCUUACUCCUCUGAAGAGGGAGAGGGAGGGAUAAAGAGGGCAGGCGAUGAGGUGGGGGAAGAACCACGACCAAAGAGACCGACGGGACCGUACGGAGCCUGGACCACCAUUGCUUUACGUCCGAGGGAGCCAGAACCUGAACCAGAGGUAAAAGAGGAGAAGGAGGAGGAGGAGAGUGACAGUGAGGAAGAGAGAGAGGAUCACAGACUGGUCGACGAGGAAGAAGAGAGACUGAAAUUUGCAGAGAAGACGGCGCCUUCUUUGGCAGAGACGGAGGUGACCCCUGGAAGCUUCAAGGGUUUUGGGUUCAAGAAGAGGUCGACCGAACGGCCAAAAACCAGACAGAGAACUAGUGAACUGUCGUAACAACUACAAUAUAUAUACGUUCUGAUCUAUGGUGCUUUUGUGGCAAGCUAAAACUAGCAAGUAGCAAGUCAAUAAGGCACAAAUUAUCCUCUGGCCAAUGCACGCAUUGCAUGCUGCAUUAUGGACGGAGUUAAUACAUAUUAAUGG